AUGGCAGAGAAAAUAAAUACUUACAGAACGGAGGAGAAGUUGCAGUUUUCAAAUUCCAGUGGUCACCCGUUCGAAACCAAACCAAAUCCUGAAAACACUCUGGUAAAGGAAAUUCUCGACAAUUGGCGAGAAGACGAUAUUGCUUUCAUUCCUACAAGAGCAAGUGAAGCAGUGGAAGAAAAACUUAAAAGUCUUAACCUCAUCACAGUGGUUGGAAAUUCUGGGUCUGGAAAAUCUGCAAUAAUUCAACAUAUUGCACUAAUUCUUAAGGAUCAGGGAUGGAAUGUCAUGCCGUUGGAUAAGGUGGAAGAAAUUAAAAAGAUCUGUUCAACUGGAGUCUCAGAAAAUCGUAUAUUAUUUGUAUUCAAUGAUCCUUUAGGUAAGGAAUCGUUAGAUGAAAUUUUGUAUCACUCAUGGAAAAGUUUAGAGAAAACGCUGGAGAUUUGCUUGAAGAAGAAUAAACUAUUGAUAUCAUGUAGAAGAUGCGUCUUUUAUGACAAGAGAAUCAAGGGUAACUUAUUGGAUAACUCAUCUGCAGUAGAGAUUGAUAACGAAAAAAAUGGACUGACGAUUGACGAGAAAAGAGCGAUCUUAAAUCAGUAUUCACAGAAUCUUCAUUUAUCCGAGGAGGUUUUUACCGAAAUAAUCAAAACCGAAGCUUACUUCCCAUUGCUUUGUAAGCUUUAUUCAAGGGAGGCGAACUACAAAGAAAAGGGGGUCGAUUUCUUCAAAAAUCCGUACAAAUUUAUUAAAAAGGAAAUUGAAGUUUGGAAGAAAACAGACAAGAAAAGAUUUUGCUCACUUAUCUUGAUAGUGGCUUUUAAAAACAAUUUGAAAAUCGAUGCUAUUGUGAAAAAUGAUACUUGUUUGAUGAAAUUUAAAGAAAUUUUAGGUAUGUGUGAGUUACAAGAAAACACACAUAUUUCAGUCAUUCGUAAUACUCUACACGAAUUGAAAGGAUCCUAUGUCAAACGUGUCGGAAAUGCUUUCCAAUUCCUUCACGAUUUUAUUAUGGAGAUAACGACUCUGGUGUUUGGAGUUGAUUGUCCACAAGAGACAAUACAGUACGCAGACACACUUGGUUUUCUGAGACGACGGGUAAGGAUAGAAGACGAUAUAGAAGAGGAAGAUAGCGAUCCCUUUACUGUUUACCUGCCUGAAGAGUACAUUGGUGAUCUCGUAGACCGAUUCAUUUUUGAUAUUAAGACAGACAAUGUUAUUGAUGUUAUUUUGAAUCCCUGUUUAAGGGACGAAAGCGUGAUCAAAUCUUUUAAGGAAAAGGUAGAAUCUAUGCCUCAAACAAAGUUAAUGGAAUAUCCAAUAUUUUCUGCUGUAUGUGCCAACGUUGAUUCAAAUCUAUUUAAAUUCCUUAGCCCAGAAUAUAAAAAAGAAGCUAUGGAUGAAAUGUGGUAUAUAUUUUUACCAAUUCACAUUGCAUCUGUAUUCCAUAACUUUUCAAUAAUUGAAGAAUUGGUUAGACUUAAUGCUGACGUUAAUAAAUUCACCCCUGAUUGUAGCAUGACUCCAUUAAUUCUGGCAGCAGCAAACACUGAAGGACAUUUGAAAGAGAUUGGAAAGAAAAUAGAAGGAGAUAGACGUAAUAAAACCAUUCUUUCUUUACUGAGAAAUGGUGCCAAAAUUAAUAUGUGCAUCAAUUUAUGUAACAAGAAUGGAGCCAGUCCUCUUUAUAUAGCUUGUCAAAAUGGACAUGAUAGCACGGUACAACUGUUACUGAACAACGGUGCCGACAUCAAUUUAUGUGAUAAUGAUGGAUUCAGUCCUCUUCUUGUAGCUGGUAAAAAUGGACAUGAUAGCACGGUACAACUGUUACUGAACAAUGGUGCUGACGUCAAUUUAUCUAACAAGAAUGGAGCCAGUCCUCUUUAUAUAGCUUGUCAAAAUAGACAUGAUAGCACUGUACAACUGUUAGUAAACAAUGGUGCAGACAUCAAUUUAUGUGAUAAUGAUGGAUUCAGUCCUCUUUAUUUAGCUUGUCAAAAUGUGCACGAAAGCACGGUACAACUAUUACUGAACAACAAUGCCAACAUCAAUUUAUGUAACAAGAAUGGAGCCAGUCCUCUUUAUAUUGCUUGUUAUAAAGGACAUGAUAGCACAGUACAGUUGUUACUGAACAACGGUGCAGACAUCAAUUUAUGUGAUAAUUAUGGAGCCAGUCCUCUUCAUAUAGCUUGUCAAAAUGGACAUGAUAGCACGGUACAACUGUUACUGAACAACGGUGCCGACGUCAAUUUAUGUGAUAAUUAUGGAGCCAGUCCUCUUCAUAUAGCUUGUCAAAAUGGACAUGAUAGCACAGUACAGUUGUUACUGAACAACGGUGCCGACAUCAAUUUAUGUGAUAAUUAUGGAGCCAGUCCUCUUCAUAUAGCUUGUCAAAAUGGACAUGAUAGCACGGUACAGUUGUUAUUGAACAACAGUGCAACCAUCAAUCUUUUUAACAAAAAUGCAGUCAGUCCUCUUUAUAUAGCUUCUUAUAAUGGACAUGAUAGCACAGUACAGUUGUUACUGAACAACGGUGCAGACAUCAAUUUAUGUCAUAAUGAUGGAUUCAGUCCUCUUUAUAUAGCCUGUGAGAAUGGACAUGAUAGCACGGUACUACUGCUACUAAACAACGGCGCCGACAUCAAUUUGUGUGAUAAUGUUGGAGUCAGUCCUCUUUAUAAAGUUUGUCAAAAUGGACAUGAUAGCACGUUACAACUGUUACUGAAUAACGAUGCGGACAUCAAUCUAUGUAAUAAUUAUGGGGUCAGUCCUCUUCAAGUAGCUUGUUAUUAUGGACAUGAUAGUACGGUACAACUGUUACUGAACAACGGUGCCGACAUCAAUUUAUGUGACAAGAAUGGAGCCAGUGCGUUGUGGAUCGCCUGUCUUAAUGGACAUCAUAGUAUUGUACAAUUAUUACUGAACAGCGGAGCCGAUACCAAUUUAUUUGACAAAAAUGGAGUCUCCCCUCUUUCCAUAGCAUCUGAAAAUGGACAUAUAAAAGCGGCACAAUUAUUAUUAAGCAAUAGCAUCGACCCAAGUUAAUGUGAUGACUUUAAGCUUAUGCUGUACUCCGUCAAAAUAGACAGCUUUGAACAAAUUCAACUCUACAGCGGCGACGAUAUGAAUAAAAGUGAUGAUUUCUUUUCGUUUUCUCUCACGAUAGCUAAAUUGAACAUUAAAGUCUAUUUUUUUUUUUU